GCAGUGCCAGCCCGGAUCCGGCUGCCCCCGGACUGGCCACUCCCAUGCCGGACACGCCGGGGGGCUGCCCCCCUCGGUCCCCCAACCCAGCCCUCAUCUACAGCAACGUGGGAGAGCUGCGGGCCCACCUCGUCCCCCGCAAGGCCAGCCGAGGGGAAGGCGCUGGGAGACCCCUUCCCCAGCCCGGGCCGGACCCCCUGCCUCCCCCACUGCCCAAAAAGCAGCUCCAGCGAGCCGAGUCCCUCCCGGAGCCGGGACCAUCCCAGCGCAGCCACGACGACCCUGAGCCACGGGCUGGCAGCAUCCUCUACAGCAUCCCCCCACCCCAGCUGCAGCCCGGGGAGGGGGCUCCCCCCCGGGACAGACCCUCCUGGGCACCCAAGAAGCCCCUGACUAAGUCCCAAAGCCUGGGGGAGCCGCUGGCCCGAAGCAGCCCCCAGAAAGCCCCCUCAGCCAGCCUGAAGGAGCUGACAUUUGGGACGGCGGAUGGGGAGCUGGGUCAGCUCCUGGAGAGCCCGGCCGGGCUCUGUGGGGUGGUUUUGGGGUGCCAGGAGGCCUCCCUGGCCCGGCUCUCGGCUCUCAUGCAGGAAAAGCUGGUGGGGCCCGAGGAGAGGCAGCAGCUGCUGGAGGCAGAGCUGGUGGGGAAGCGCUGGGCAGCGCUCGGUGUCCUGGACCCCCAGCCCUGCUGCCAGAGCGGGGACGCCUGGUACUUCAGGGUGGGCUUCACCUUCAAGCACAGCCAGCUGCAGUUUGCAGCCAAGGUCCCCAAGCCGUGCUGCUCCAGCCUGGGAGUGCAGAGCUCCCUGGGGACGCACUGCAGCAUCCAGCGCCUGCUCGGCCGCUUCACCGACCGCCUCCCUCGGGAGCUGGUGCUCCCAGGAAUCCCUGGCACACAGAGGCAGGGCCCUUCCAGAGAGGAAGCAGCCUGUCCUGCCCCCCAGCCUGUCCUGCAGGUGCUCCUUUGUGCCGAGGUUCCCCAGCAGACCCUGGCAGACUUUGUGAAGGGCUCCCACGCUCUGCACAGGACCAGCCCCGGGCACUACGAACGCCUGGGCUGCCUCCUGCUCCUGCAGCUCUGCAUGGGGCUGGAGCACCUCCGGGGGCAGAACGUGGCCCAGGGGGACCUGUGCCCCGAGAACCUGCUGCUGGUGCAGUGCCCGUGUCCCCCCCAGAGCCAGAAGGAGCCGCUGGGACUGUCCCUUCCACGGCUGCUCAUCAGCAGCUUCUUCAAGGUGCAAGAGAAGCAAAGACCUUGUUCCAGCAGCCAGGAGCAGGACUGGAGCCAGGCUCUCGCUGCGCCCUCCUCUCCAGCAGCAGCUGAGCUGAACGUGGGCAGGCUGAUCUAUCAGAUCUUGCAUGUGGACAUCUCCCUGGAGAACAUUUUGGGCUUCAGAAGCAAAAGGCUUCCCGAAAUCCCCUCGCUGUCCAUCUACUCGGCGGGACUGAAGCGCUUGGCCACGCUGCUCCUGCACAGGGAUCCUCACCAGAGGGUGUCCAUCGAGCAGGCCAGGGGCAUCCUGCAGGUGCUGCUCUGGGGGCCACGCCAGGAGCUCUUUGCCAGGAGCAGGAAGAGCCUCGAGCUGCUCCGGAGCUGGCUGCAGGUCAAGAGGGCUCUGCUGCUCCUGAGGUUUGCAGAGAACUCAGCUGGGGCCUGGGUCAGCCCCGGCCUGGAGGAGUGGCUGUGCUGCCAGUACUUCCAGGGGGUCACUGAACACUCCCUUUACCAGGUCACCCAGGUUCUCUAUGCUCCCUAAACCAACCUCCAGUACAGCCUACCCAAAGGUCUCCUCAGAGCCAAGAGCUCACGAGGGCCUGGCCAAACCUGCCCCUGCCUAUGGCAGGCGAGUUGAAACUAAAUUAUUUUUAGGGUCCUUUCAGCUCAAAUCAUUCUGUGGUCUUUGCUGGGAAAGCUCUACAAACCUAAACCCACUCCCUCCAUAGCCCAUGGUUGAUGAAGUGUGUAAAACCACUAAGUGUGGGUUUAUACCCUCAAACAAUUUUUGCUUGUUACUCUAAGUCUGGUUUAUCAGAACACCUGAGGAAAGGCAGCUGGAUGGGAGCCCCAAGCAAUAAUUUAGUGGCUGAUAAUCCCAAGUAAAGUUUAUGGGGUUCAGACUUUGAACAAAACCCCCUCAGAGCAUUUUUGCAGCCACCAGGUUUUUGCUGGUUUAAAUAACACUCAAAGGCACCCAUCACAGCUCAUACUUCUCAGCAGAGGAGAAACAACAGCUCCUUCAGCCUGUGCUUCCCAGAGACAAUUUGUGGCACAGUCACUAAUAAAAAUGACAUUUUAAAGGGGAAAAUACAGCUUCAAUAAAACCUGGAGCCGAGCCUCUCAAACACUGGUCCUUUAUGUGCUUCUCU